CACCAUAUCCGUCGCCAUGGAGCGUCUCAACAAGAAUUACUACGUUUUCACUCGGAAGAAAUCACAACGAUCUGAGGUGCCGCGAUGAAGAAGAGGUUUACAAGCAUUCUCAUGCUUCGAGAUUUUUUCCACUGCGCUUACAAUUCACGCGUUUGCAAGGUGCAAAGCUACAAGGCAUACGAAGAAUUUUAGUUUUUGUAUUGUCCAAUACAUUCGCAAUGGAGGACAAUGCUCUCUUCUAUGGUAUUACGAGGCUUGGCGGACUCUUCCUCUUCCUCUUCUAGGGCAGCUCUCUCCGUGGGGGAGUGCGCGGCUCUUCUCCGGCAAUGGGGCAGCGCCAAGAAUCUCCUCGAAGGCAGGAAGCUCCAUGGAUUUCUGCGCGACACCGGGCAAGACCAAGACACGUUUCUUGGGAAUCUCCUCGUCCAGAUGUAUGGGAGCUGCGGUAGCACGGAUGAAGCAUACGCUGCCUUCUCCAGGAUUUCCAGGCGGAAUGUCUUCUCGUGGAACAUUUUAAUCACGGUAUUUGCCCAAGACGGGCAUUUGCAACGAGCGGAGAUUUUGUUCCAGAAAAUGCCCGAGCGUGAUCAGGUCUCCUGGAAUGUGAUAGUCGCAGCUUUUGCUCGGGCCGGCGACAUCGAUCGGAUGCUCGGGCUUUUGGACGCGAUGGAGCGGCAGGGAAUCUAUCCAAACAGACUGACUUUCGUGGCUCUUCUCGACGCAUUUGACCGCAGCGAGAUGGAUCCAUCACGAUUUUCUGAUGAAGGUGAGCUCCUUCACUCCAAAAUCUCGCAGCAUGGUUUCCAUUUCGAUCUCCAGAUCCAGACUUCUCUGAUCAAAAUGUAUGACAGACUGGGGAGCGUCGAGAAAGCCAUCGCGGUGUUUGAUCGGAUCAGCAGUCCAGACGCCAUCGCGUGGAACAGUCUUCUAUCAGCAUUUGCUCGGAACGGAGAUCUCGACGCCGCAAAUGCUUUGUUCCAGCGAAUGCCGGAGCGAAGUUUGGUGUCCUGGAACAUCGCCAUCGCUGCGAACCUCCACUGCGGCCGUGCAAAGACCGCUCUCUGGUUGCUCCAAGUUAUGGAUCUCGACGGUGGCGAUACUGCAGAUAGAGCAAUCUUCAUCACUGCUCUCUAUGCUUGUGGAGUACUCGAAAAACUGAGACUGGGCGAAGCCAUCCACGCUGAGAUCGCUGCGUUUGGCCUGGAAACAGAUGUUUGCAUCGGAACAGCGCUGAUCAGCAUGUAUGGCAAAUGCCACCGAGCUCUACUCGCUCGCGACGCUUUCGACAGGAUCAAAGAGAAGAACCAGGUGGCCUGGAACGCGAUGAUCACAGCAUACACUCAAAACGGUCACUUUGAUCUUGCGAGGGGUUUGUUCGAUCUCAUGCCUGGAUCAGACGUCGUGUCCUGGACGCUCAUGCUCACGGAGUUCGCGCAGAAGGGACUUAUCCGGGAAGCACGAGAGAUCUUCGAUCGAAUUCCCGUCCGGGACACGGCUAGCUGGAACGCCAUGAUCUCAGCUCACGCAGCAAAUGGAGAAAGCUUGCGAGCUAUCGAUCUUCUAGCAAAGAUGGAUCUUGAAGGAUUUGAGGCGGACAGAGCUACGUUUAUCGGCGUCUUAGCAUCUCACUUCGCUCCAUCCGAGGCAAGGUUGCUCCAGGAUUUGAUAUCCAGCUCGGGCUGUCGCAGCGAUAGCUCAGUCGCCACCGCACUUGUGAGCAUGCAUGGCCGAUCUGCUCGCCUCGCCACCGCGCGCGAGAUCUUCGAUGCGACUCGCGAGAAGAACGUCGUGCUGUGGAGCGCGACGAUUGGGAUCUACGCCCACAAUGGACUCUUCGACGCGGCCAUGGAGCUCUUCUUCCGGAUGUGCUUGGAAGGCGUGCAUCCAAACGACGUUACGUUCGUGAACAUUCUCUCUGCGAGUGCUCACGCGGGGGACUUGAGCAACGCGAGGCAGUGGUUCUUCUCGGUGGCGACGGACUUUGGGGUGGCGUAUACCAGAGAUCACUACGUUUGCAUGGCGGACAUGCUAGCGCGUUCCGGCCUCAUGGACCAAGCACGGGAGCUUGUGGGUGAUAUGCCGUUUGUGCCGGACAGCUGCUCGUGGAAGACGGUGCUCGCUGGGUGUUUAGUCGCGGGGAGCUUGAAGCAAGCCGAGAGAGUUGCUUGCAGUGUGAUCGAAUGUGAGCCGGAGGACUCGUCGCCAUAUAUCAUGCUGUCAAACAUCUAUUCCGCAGCGAAGGAUCAAAUUCUUGUCUGCUAAUUUCCUGGCGGCAAGCUUUCAACUUUGGAGGAGCUAGAAAAGGAAGAUAAGCAUCAGUACACCUUCGUGGACUUCUGGAAGAAGGUAUUAAGAUGUUUUGGAUAUUGCUGGAUUCUUGGUGCAGCAAACCUUUGACUUUCCGCUCUCGCAGCCCACUAACUUCAGUUGCUAGAUUUCUCAAUAGGAUAACGCGAUCUAUGCGGUAGAUCGGUCAUUUUGGUCGCCCAGAAGUGGUGCAGUAAACUGAACUUCUCAUGAUUACGUCUAAGAGGUAAAGUGCGUUUCGUCAACGGAUGCUUUUUUGGUCCAGCACACAUUUGACUUGCGACUUUCUAUGCACAGCCACCAACUUUUAGCAGGCCGAGCUCUCGAUUUAAAUGUUAUCCGCAGCAGCAGCAGCAGCACUCUCAUCUCAGGAAACUCGCUUCACUUCAUCCGGGAAAAGCUAGAACAAGCUCUUUCUUGAUCGUGGUAUGUGAUUUCACGAGUGAAAGCUUUGAUAUUUGUGUUCA